GAGCCGCGGCCGGAUCGCAGCCCGCAGAGCCCCAGGGCCCGCCGCAGCCAUGGGCAACCGCGGCAUGGAGGAUCUCAUCCCGCUGGUUAACCGGCUGCAGGACGCCUUCUCCGCCAUCGGCCAGAACGCGGACCUCGACUUGCCGCAGAUCGCCGUGGUGGGCGGCCAGAGCGCCGGCAAGAGCUCGGUGCUCGAGAAUUUCGUAGGCAGGGACUUCCUGCCCCGAGGAUCUGGCAUCGUCACCCGCCGCCCCCUGGUCCUGCAGCUGGUCAAUGCUACCACAGAAUAUGCCGAGUUCCUGCACUGCAAAGGGAAGAAAUUCACCGACUUCGAGGAGGUUCGCCUGGAGAUCGAGGCUGAGACCGACCGGGUCACCGGCACCAACAAGGGCAUCUCUCCGGUGCCCAUCAACCUCCGCGUCUACUCGCCGCAAGUGCUGAACCUGACCCUGGUGGACCUGCCCGGAAUGACCAAGGUCCCGGUGGGGGACCAACCUCCCGACAUCGAGUUCCAGAUCCGGGACAUGAUUAUGCAGUUCGUCACCAAGGAGAACUGCCUCAUCCUGGCGGUGUCCCCGGCCAACUCCGACCUGGCCAACUCAGAUGCUCUCAAGAUCGCCAAGGAGGUGGACUCCCAGGGUCAGCGCACCAUCGGGGUCAUCACCAAGCUGGACCUGAUGGACGAGGGCACAGAUGCCCGUGACGUGCUGGAGAACAAGCUGCUUCCCUUGCGCAGAGGCUACAUUGGGGUGGUGAACCGGAGCCAGAAGGACAUCGAUGGCAAGAAGGACAUCACGGCCGCCUUGGCUGCUGAACGCAAGUUCUUCCUCUCCCACCCAUCCUACCGCCACUUGGCUGACCGCAUGGGCACGCCCUACCUGCAGAAGGUCCUCAACCAGCAACUGACGAACCACAUCCGGGACACAUUGCCGGGGCUGCGGAACAAGCUGCAGAGCCAGCUGCUGUCCAUUGAGAAGGAGGUGGAGGAGCACAAGAACUUCCGCCCUGACGACCCAGCUCGCAAGACCAAGGCCCUGCUUCAGAUGGUCCAGCAGUUUGCCGUGGACUUCGAGAAGCGCAUCGAGGGCUCAGGGGACCAGAUCGACACCUACGAGCUAUCAGGGGGAGCCCGCAUCAACCGGAUCUUCCAUGAGCGCUUCCCCUUUGAGCUUGUCAAGAUGGAGUUUGACGAGAAGGAACUCCGAAGGGAGAUCAGCUAUGCCAUCAAGAAUAUCCAUGGCAUUAGAACGGGGCUCUUUACCCCAGACAUGGCCUUUGAGACCAUUGUGAAAAAGCAGGUGAAGAAGAUCCGAGAACCGUGUCUCAAGUGUGUGGACAUGGUUAUCUCGGAGCUAAUCAGCACCGUUAGACAGUGCACCAAGAAGCUCCAGCAGUACCCGCGUCUGCGGGAGGAGAUGGAGCGCAUCGUGACCACCCACAUCCGAGAGCGCGAGGGUCGCACCAAGGAGCAGGUCAUGCUCCUCAUCGAUAUUGAGCUGGCUUACAUGAAUACCAACCAUGAGGACUUCAUAGGCUUUGCCAAUGCUCAGCAGAGGAGCAACCAGAUGAACAAGAAGAAGGCUUCAGGGAACCAGGUCAUCCGGAAGGGCUGGCUGACCAUCAACAAUAUUGGCAUCAUGAAGGGGGGCUCUAAGGAGUAUUGGUUUGUGCUGACCGCUGAGAAUCUGUCCUGGUACAAGGAUGACGAGGAGAAAGAGAAGAAAUACAUGCUGUCUGUGGACAACCUGAAGCUGCGGGACGUGGAGAAGGGCUUCAUGUCAAGCAAGCAUAUCUUCGCCCUCUUUAACACGGAACAGAGGAAUGUCUACAAGGAUUAUCGGCAGCUGGAACUGGCCUGCGAGACACAGGAGGAGGUGGAUAGCUGGAAGGCCUCCUUCCUGAGGGCUGGCGUGUACCCUGAGCGUGUUGGGGACAAGGAGAAAGCCAGUGAGACUGAGGAGAAUGGCUCAGACAACUUCAUGCACUCCAUGGACCCACAGCUGGAGCGGCAGGUGGAGACCAUCCGGAACCUGGUGGACUCAUACAUGGCCAUCGUCAACAAGACCGUGCGGGACCUCAUGCCUAAGACCAUCAUGCACCUCAUGAUCAACAACACCAAGGAAUUCAUCUUCUCGGAGCUGCUGGCCAACCUGUACUCGUGCGGAGACCAGAACACACUGAUGGAGGAGUCGGCCGAGCAGGCGCAGCGGCGCGACGAGAUGCUGCGCAUGUACCACGCACUGAAGGAGGCGCUCAGCAUCAUCGGCGACAUCAACACGACCACCGUCAGCACGCCCAUGCCCCCGCCCGUGGACGACUCCUGGCUGCAGGUGCAGAGCGUACCGGCCGGACGCAGGUCACCCACGUCCAGCCCCACGCCGCAGCGCCGAGCCCCCGCCGUACCCCCAGCCCGGCCCGGCUCGCGGGGCCCUGCUCCUGGGCCUCCGCCUGCUGGGUCCGCCCUGGGGGGAGCGCCCCCCGUGCCCUCCAGGCCGGGGGCUUCCCCUGACCCCUUCGGUCCUCCCCCCCAGGUGCCCUCGCGCCCCAACCGCGCCCCGCCCGGGGUCCCCAGCAGGAAGGGCCCAGCCUCACCUACGCGACCUGCGGUCCCCCGACCAGCUGAGGCUCCCCUCUUAGACUUAUAAGCCUGUGGCCACUGGCAUCCGGCUGCCUGCCUUCCCUGCCUCCCCAGGGUCCCUUCAGAGGACACCCGGGCUUUCUGCCCACUGAGAGGGGCCUCCAGUGCUCCCUCCAGCCAUCCUCUUAGCUUUGCCCUCCUGGUUCAAGCAGUGUUCUUUCUCCUGUCUCUCUCCAUCAGGCCUGGUGGCUGUUGCAUGGGGCUCACGGCCCCAUACUUGCCGAGGCUAGGGGUGGCCCUGGGCCAGUGGGUUGAAAGACAAGGGAGCCAGAGAAGAGGGAAGCCAGAAGGGGCCGAGCACGUGUCUGGAGCUGUGGGUGCACUGCCUGGUGGUGUGUGAGACCAGCGUGCGUGGCAAGGGAGGGCCGCCCCAGCCUCCAUUCUCGACUCCUGUGAAGUCUGGCCCCUCACCCGUCUCCAGCUCCUCCCUUCCACCUUCCCUUUCUCAUCUACCUCCUCUAUUCCAGAAACCUCCCCUGAACCCUCACCACCUCUUCUUCCCCUGCCCCCCCCCGCCCCCACCGCCGGGCUUGGCUGCUCUUGCCUUACCAGCUGUCUCCCUCCUUCUCUCUCCAUUCUCUCUCUUUGCUUUCUCUCCAACUGCCAGCCGAUCGGGUCAGGCAAGUCCAUCCCGUCCUGAGAGCCCCAGGCCCCCCUUCGACCUCUAACCAGAUCCCUCUAUUCCUCGGAGACCUCCCUUUGCAAGCCUGCCUGGACGGCUGUUCUGUGACGUGACAGUGGCUCCCCAGCCCCAAAGCCUCCCCUUCAUCUGUGACUUAGUCUGUUGUAGUGGUGAGCUGACAUCCAGGCGUGACGUUGGUGAAACUCGUGCCCCUCUGUGGUAUUGCUCCUGUUCUAUAAAUAUCUAUAAAUACUCAGAUAUAUAUAUACACGUAUACGGCCGCCGCAGCCUCGCCUCUAGUGUUGGGACUCGGUCACCAUGCUGUCCUUGAGGAGUCUUGUGGCCCAACUACAAGGGAACACUGUCACCCUGACAUCCCACUCCACAGUGUGCCACCUCCAGUGAGCCUCCCUGUCAUGCCCGGCCUGUGGACAGCCAGCCCCCCUCUGCCACCUUCCUGUCCCGUCCCCCCCCCGACCCCCGCGCAUGGGGGUGCUGCACUGGCAGCUGUGUGGUUCUCUGACCGCCACUAGGCUUGCUGUCUCUUGGCUGAGAAUAAAACCUAUUUCUGGACAAUAAGGAACAGUGUGUCCUCUGCUGGCUUGUGUCCUCGCUGGAGCUCAGGGGGAGGUGAAGGUUUAAACAUUGGCAUGCAGGGGUGGGGAAGGGCCCAGCCCCUGCUAGGGUACUGUAAGGAGUGGUGAAAAAAAGCCCCGUCCUUUCCAAGGCCCCCUGGGAAAGCACCUGGAGGUUAGCCCAUCCUCAUUCUGCGAACCCUGUUCUGGCCACUAGAGGGCAGGGGCACCAACUCAGCC